UAAUAGCGGCAACAGCUGACCUGCAGAAAGGGAUCAUCAUGACAUUAUCCUCUCUCUCUCCCUCUCUCUCUCUCUCUCUCUCUCUUAGCACCAGCCCACAAAUCAGAGAGAGCUCUCUUUCCCUUUAUUAGCAUCAAGCCAUCAACCCCACACUCAUCAGAGAGAGAGAGAGAGAGAGAGAGAGAGAUGGUUGAAGGAGAAGGAGAUGGGAGUCCUCUAUUUGAGACCGAAGUUGCUGAGGGCAUCGGAAGGAUUUGGUACAAGUUACAUGCUCUCUCUGUGUUCGUGGGGAUUUGUGGGAUUUGGGCGUACAGAGCUCUGCAUAUCCCAAAUGCAGAGGAGGAGCAGGAGCAGGGCCAGGGGAGGUGGUGGGCAUGGAUUGGACUCUUUGGGGCCGAGCUCUGGUUCGGCCUCUAUUGGGUGCUCAAACAGGCCGUGCGCUGGAACCCUACCUAUCGCCGCACCUUCAAAGCAAGGCUCUCCCAGAGAUACAGAAACAACUUGCCCGGGGUGGACAUCUUUGUGUGCACAGCGGACCUAACAAUUGAGCCACCAAUCAUGGUUAUCAACACGGUGCUAUCGGUUUUGGCCUACGAUUAUCCAAAAGAUAAGCUAAGUGUGUAUCUCUCCGACGAUGGCGGAUCUGAGCUUACAUUCUAUGCCCUCUUAGAGGCAUCUCAUUUCGCAAGAACUUGGAUUCCUUUCUGCCAGAAGUUCAAUGUGGAAACUAGAUCCCCAGCGGCUUAUUUCAAAGAAUCACAUACAAGCCAAAAAGAUGUCACAGAAGCUGUUGAAUGGAUUGCAACAAAGAAUUUGUAUAAAGAAAUGGAGAACCGAAUAAAUCAAGUGACCAGAUUUGGUAGGCUCUCCAAUGACAUUCGCAAGCAACACAAGGGAUUCUGUGAGUGGAAUGUACCGUCAACUUCAUGCGACCACCAUGCUAUUGUCGAAAUACUAAUUGACGGAAGAGAUGAAAAUGCCACUGAUAAUGAAGGAGUCGUGUUGCCCACACUUGUGUACAUGGCCCGUGAGAAGAGACCUGAGCACCACCAUAAUUUCAAAGCUGGAGCUAUGAAUUCUUUACUAAGAGUUUCAUCUGAGAUAAGCAAUGGUGCGGUCAUUCUCAACAUGGAUUGCGACAUGUACUCAAACAAUUCCGAAACUAUAAAAGACGCAUUGUGUUUCUUCAUGGAUGAGGACAAGGGCCAUGAGUUUGCUUAUGUUCAGCUGCCGCAACGUUUCAAUAACAUCACCAAGAAUGACAUUUAUGCCAACUGCUUGAGAACUGAAUAUGAGGUGGAGUUUCAUGGAUUGGAUGGAUUUGGUGGGCCUCUAUAUGUGGGAUCUGGUUGUUUUCAUAGAAGAGAGAGUCUCUGUGGAAAGAAAUAUGAGUCUAAUAAAGCAGAGAUGAAAUAUAACAAAAGGAACACUAGAGCAGAUGCAUCAACUCUUGAAGAGAAAGCAAAGAGUCUCAUAACCUGUACUUUUGAGGACAACACUGAAUGGGGAAAGGAGGUGGGGCUGAAGUAUGGGUUCCCGGUAGAGGAUGUGAUCACUGGCUUGUCAAUCCAAUGCAGGGGGUGGAAAUCCAUCUACUUCAACCCCCCAAGGGUGGGCUUCUUAGGGGUUGCCCCUGUGACACUGGCACAAACCCUAGUUCAGCACAAAAGGUGGUCUGAGGGAAAUUUCCAGAUAUUCUUGUCCAAGUAUAACCCCUUACUCUAUGGGCACAAGAAAAUAAAGCUCGGGCUUCAACUUGGCUAUAACAUCUAUUUCCUUUGGGCCCCUUGCUCCUUCCCAACAAUUUAUUAUGCUAUCAUCCCCUCCUUCGCUCUCCUCCAUGCCAUCUCCUUAUUCCCCAGUGUUCACAGCAUUUGGUUUGCACCGUUUGCUUAUGUUAUUGGUGUAACAACUAUACAUAGCUUGUGGGAGUCCAAAAAGGUUGGAUAUACACUUAAAGGAUGGUGGAACGAGCGAAGAAUGUGGCUUUUCAAGAGAUUGGCUUCUUACCCAUUUGCUGCCACUGAUGCCUUCCUGAAGCUACUCGACGUGAAGAAAUUGGCAUUUAUUGUCACCGCUAAGGUGGCCGACGAGGAGGUCUCAAAGCGGUACGAGAAAGAAGUCAUGGAGUUCGGAUCGGCGUCUCUCAUGUUCAUCAUUCUAUCAGCGCAUGCAGUGUUUUGCCUGCUUUGCCUUCUAGGGGGAGUUAAGAAGUUGGUGUUGGAUGGAACUGGAGAGAUGAGUUCCAUGUUGGUGCAACUUACAGUAACUGGGGCUAUCACCCUAAUAAACAUGCCCAUCUAUCAAGCCAUGUUUUUAAGGGUUGAUGGUGGAUGCAUGCCGAUAUCCGUCACUAUUAUAUCGGUCGGAUUGGCAAUGCUAGCUUGUAUAAUAGGAACAAAGUAGUAAUUCCUGUACAUAAGAAUAAGGUUUAAAGUGCCGUGACACAGAAGCGUGCCACUGUUUGCCAGGCACGGUACGGCACCAACACGUUUUCGUACCGACACAUAGUACGCUUGCGUGCAAAUGGAUACGCAUGAUCCCCUAGCACGUUUUGGCACGAACUUAUUUUAAUUUUUUUUUUAUUUCAA